AUGACCACCCAAACAAUGGCAACAGCCCAGAUCCCCCAGCUCUGGGCCACCGCCCUCGCGCGUUACGAGAAGAUCACGCACCGCCCGCUGGACAUCCACGCCUGGCGGGACGUGACCACCGUCGACGGGCUGUGGGGCGCCAUCGAGACUGAGAACCAGGCCUUCCAGGAUUUCCGACUCAAGCGCGCGGGGCUGUGCACGGCCCUGAGCCAGGCGCUGCGGCCCAUCGAGCUGGUCGGCGAUCUGGCGGCCACCGCAGCCGGGUUGUUCUUCGCGCCCAGCUCGUUGGUCUUCGGCGCCGUGCGGUACCUGAUCGACGCCGCGAAGGGGGUGUCGGCCAAAUAUGACGCGAUCGUGGAGCUGAUGAUGACCUUGCAGGACUUCACCACCCGCCUGGCGGUCUACGCGCAGCAGCAGAUCUCGGGGCCGCUGCAGGAGAAAAUCACCCACAUCCUGACCACGCUGUUAGAAGUGUUCGCGAUCUCGCGACACCAGAUCAGCCUGGGGCGACUGCGGAGUUUCGGCAAGAACGUGCUGCUGGGCAACGACGACGGAAAGGCGGCGAUCGCCAAGCUGGCGCAGCUGGUCGACAGCGAGCGGAACCUGGUGGGCGCGGAGACGCUGACCGCGGUCAAGGGGGCGAAGGGCGUCAUCGACCGCGUCGACCUCAACGUGCUCGAGCUCACGCGGCGCAUCGACGCCCUCAACCGGGUGCAGGCGCACGCGCACGCGGCCGCCGACGCCGACGCAGCUCAAGAAAAGGGCCCCCGGGACAAGGUUAAGCGCGUGCUGCAGCCCGGCACCAGCGCCGACGACCGGUACAGCCUGAUCGCGCGGGCGCGGGUCCCGCAGACGGGCGACUGGGUGCGCGAGGAGCCCGAGUUCCGCGAGUGGCUGCGCCGCGACAAGCCCCUCCUGUGGGUGACGGGGACCCCGGGCGCAGGCAAGUCGUACCUGGCGGCCAACAUCAUCGCCCAUCUGCGCGAGCUGUAUCCGCAGAACGUCCAGCAUCCCUCGCAUGUCUCGGUUGCGUAUUACUUCUUCAAGGACGACAAUUUGAAAACGCGCUCGUGUCACCAGGCUCUGCGGGACAUCGCCUUCAAGAUCGCCCAGAAUGACCCCGCCUAUGCGAAUUUCAUCGCGGGUCGGGUGGACUCGCCGGAGGAGAUUCGAAGCCUGUCGAGUUUGUGGCAGCAGCUGUUUGUGGAGUACUUCAUCGCGCACGAGACCGGCGACAGCCAGGCGUACAUCGUGCUGGACGCGCUGGACGAGGCGUUCGCGGAGGAGCGACAGGAACUGUUCCAGCUGGCGGGCGAUAUCCAGCCGGGGGGACGGUUGCAGCUGCUUCUACUGGGGAGGCCGCACAUUGCCCAGGAGAUGGACGAGCUGAUGGAACAGCUGGCCGUGUCGACCAUCUACAUCUCGGACGUGAACAACUCGGACGACAUCGUUCGAUACAUCCAGAGCAGCAUCGCCAAGUCGGUCUACCUGCGACGCGCGUCCAAGGCGCUGCAGGCCGAGAUCGUGCGUCGGGUGUCCAGCGGCGCCCAGGGCAUGUUCCUCUGGGUCGACUUCAUGCUCAAAGAGCUGCUCAAAAAACGCGACGAGGCACGAAUGCGCAAGGCGCUGGAAGAGGCGCCGCGCGGAUUGUCCGAGAUGAUCCGUCACGUGCUGAAGAGCUACUCCGAGAGCCUACGGGAUGCACCGCAAUACGCCGAAGACCUGAACGAGAUGUUGGCCUGGGUCGUGUGCGCCCAUUGGCCGCUGAAGCUGCAACAGCUGGAAAGCAUCAUCCAGUGGCGGUCGCCCGAGGGCGAGGGGUGGAUCUGGCUGGAGGGCUAUCUCCGACGGGAGUACGCCUCCUUGUUUCUCUUGAUCCGAGAAGAUGGACUUAGCACGGCUGAUUUACAGCGGGCGAACAUCGGACGAGCCGAGUGGGAGGUCGACACGCUGGUGGAUGAUGGCUUCGACGAUACAGACAACCCGUCGGACUUUGACUCGGACCCGGCGACCACGGAGGUGACCUUCAACCACGCCUCGCUGGGAGAUUUCUUCCGCAACGAGGCCGAGGGGCCUGUUUCGGCUGAAGACGGGCCCCUCGUGGGGAUUUCUUACCAUGCGGCGAAAGUACUGGUGUUCAAACGGUACUUCGAGAUCGUCGCCUGCGAAGAGGGCUCUCCCAAGCAAGAGAUCGCGCAGGUGCUCCGGGUGUACGCGGCCGGCUCGAUCGUGUCCGCCUUGCAGGACAUUGAAAUCGACAAAUGCAGCGCAGAAGAUAAGGGUGCGAUCGGUCUGAGCAUCGCGCGCCUUUUGUCCGUCCCCCCAAUUCUCGAAGCAUACGUCAAACACAGAAGCGACCUGUCGUACCCAGGCGAGCACCUAGCACUCUUCAUGGAGUGGCUCAAAGACCCGGGCGUCCAAGCCUCGCUGCCUCGGACCGAAAAAGCCUGGUUCGAGGAAUCCACCGCCUCGGGCGACGUGGGGAUCUACCUUCUGACCGCGAAGUUCAUCGCGGAGCAAUGGUUACAGAAGGGGUUCUGGCUGGCGGGGCCCUGCUGCCGGUAUAUCAUCGAAUACAUCCGGCUCAGCCAGGGCACACCGCCCUCACCAGCCAUCUCAGUCGAGGCCGUUCUCUCCGCCGCGGAGUGGUGCGGAUUCACCCAGAACCAGCUCUGGCACCGCCGACUGGGGAUCGCGCUGCGCGAUCUCGGGUUCCUCGACGAAUCCAUCCCCCACUUCCAGCGCGCCGUGGACCUCGACCCAUCCCCAAACCCACAAACCCUACUCGCGCGAGCCGGGAUGGCGAAAGCGUACCUCGAACGGGGGGAAUUCGCGCAAGCGAUCGAGCAGGACCGCGUGUGCGUGGCGGAGCUGCAACCGCAACGCGAACCGGACACACUCGACCUGCAAGCCCACGCGUCGUACGAGCGGCUCGGCCAGAGCUACACCGCGCUCGACGACGUCGAGUCCGCCGUGGCCAUGUACCGGGCUGGUCUGGAGACGGCCGGGUUCUGUAACACGUGUCUCUGCGCGAUGCUGGAACAGCUUAGCGCGCAGAGCCGCCACGAGGAGAUCAUCUCCCUGCUCAAAAGCCUCGACCGGCCUGCCCCUGCCCAGAACCGAGACGCCACCUCCCCGUCCGCCACCUCCACCCCCACCACAAUUCUCACGCAAAGCAUCCUCACCAAUCCCGACUGGUACGACGACUUCAUCGACCGGGUCACGGCCGCGGCGGCCGCGACGCAGCAAAUCCCCUUCCUGAUCGACGCGUACACGACAGCAGUGGCGACCGCCCACAGGGAGCGCAAGGCGGUGGCGAAAGCGAACCUGGAGUUCUGCCUGGGGAUGCUGUGGCAGACGCACGGGCACGACGGGGAUCGCGCGGCGGCGAUGUGGGAGCGGCUGAUCCACACGUACCGCGGCAGCCGGUCGGAGGGGGAGAUGGUGUCGGUGCUGGAGAUGGCGGCGGGGUCGCUGGCGACGCACUACCUGACCAAAGCGAUGGAGGUGGGGUUCGACUCGGAGGCGGGGAGGCGGUACGGGGUGUUGCUGGAGGUGUUGGCGCGGGGGCAGGCGGUCUUCGUGACCACGUCCCCGGUGGGGUUGAUCCUGGGCAGCUAUUAUCGGCUGUCUGGGCGGGAGGCCGAUGCGAUGGCGUGCUAUCAGGCGCAGGUGCGGGCGGCGCUGCGGCUGGUGGAGGACGAGAGUCCGGGGAUGGCGAUGGUGGGGUAUACGCGGUUGGGCAGCGUGUUCGCGGCGCUGGGGGAGGACGAGGAGGCGCUGGCGAUGUGGUAUCAGGAUCAUUUGAUGUAUGAGUUGAUGGGGGAGGCGGAGGACGAAGCUGAUGGUGAAGCUGCUGACGACGACUCGAAAAAACCCACCUUCUUCACGUGCAACGGCUGCAGCCUCUCCGUGGAGAUCGACGGCAACUAUAUCUGCCGGUACUGUCACGACGUGCUGUUCUGCCCGGGGUGUAUGCAGCAGCUCGAGGCGGGGACGCUGGCCGUGAGGGUGUGCAGUGCGCAGCAUGCGUGGGCGUUUGUGGCGCGGCGGCCGGAGGCGGUGCGGCGACGGGGGGAGGAGCAGCGCGGGAUGGUGUGGGUGCGGGGGGAGUGGGUGGAGGGGGAGGUGUGGAAAACCGAGUUGCGGCGACGGUGGGGGUUGUAG